AUGCCUGCUUUGAGGAAAAAAGUGCGACGUCGACGUAAAAAAAUAUCAUGUCUUAAUUGUCGGCAAAAAAAGCUAAAGUGUGAUAAAUGUCUUCCGUGUUCACGAUGUAAGGAAAGAGAACUUGAGGCAAGUUGUGUUUAUGAGAAUAAUUACGAGGCACCCUACUCGAAAGAUGAUGUUUCAUUCAUGUGGAAUGCAAACCAGCAUAUUAAUGAUGGUUUUAAUUCAAACGACGAUGAGAAGUUUCAUUUUUAUCGUCCACUUGUCUUGUUCAAUAUGAUCCAGAAAUGCGCUCGUGCGAGAGGUAUUCCUGUUGAGACACUUUUUUCGUCGAUUACCAUUUCUGGUAUAGAAGAUGCAGCAUCUUACCUUAAAGUUCUUCCCCCGUUACACAUAGCGGACUUGAUGGUGGAUCUGUACAUUGAGCGAUUUGACUCUGUUUUCCCAAUUAUUGAAAGAGACAGUGUUAAAGACACUGUACGUUGCUUGUAUAAUAGUCCCCCUAUAUUUCCUGUCGUAGGGCGGCUGGAGCUUUUAUUCGUAGUACUAUGGGCCUCACUUAAAGUUGAAAAGCUCCCGUCUUCGUUACUAGAGUACCUUGAGCAGACGGGUGAUUCAGUUACAGGUUUAGCUGAACGUUUCAGGCAAAAAAUUGACAUUCUGGAUAAUCUUCGGACCAAUUUGCGUCAUUUGGCUGAUAUUAAUUUUUUUGAAACACUUUCAGUUCAAGCGUAUUUAUCGUUCCUCUUUAAUUCACCCCAUGAUGUGAAUAAAAAGCUUUGUACUGCUAUUUAUUAUGGAAGGUCGAUAACAGCUCAUCAGAAAAUUGAAGAUGAUAUUAAUUUGAUGAAAAAAUAUAACAAACUAUGGUUUGUCGUAACCCAAAUCGAUGCCAUGUCAUCCAUUUUCUUUAAUUUCCCUCCGUGGAUCCAGUUUGAGGUGGAUGGUAGUUUCAUACGUAAUAGAGAGGACACAAGCGAUGAGAACGAGUACUAUUCACAAAAGCUCUUUGGUCAAAUACUAAAAGUAGGUCUUCAAAUGUGGAAAGACCAGCAUCUUUCUUCUGUCAAAAACUUCACUAAAAAGCUAGAGGAUUACAACGUUCUACUCUCACAACUAAGUCUUCAAGUAAUGAACUGCUUAGACAUGGCAGGGGAUGCAGCUGAAACAUUUCGAUUUAACUUAUUUAAGGCUCUGUUAUUGAAGAUCAGGACAACUUUAUACUUGUAUUACCCAUAUGCUGAUUCGGUGGAAUCAGGUUGUUAUGACAGUCAAAUAAAAGUGUUGGGUAGUCUAUGUUUGAAAAAGACUGCACAUCUCAUUUCAAUGUUCAAUGAAUCAAAAUCCUUUGGCUGGAGAAAAAUCUUGACCAUCUUUUCAUUGGAAGGACUUGCUUAUAUACCAUUUUGUGCAUUGCGCAAUAUUCAUUAUGGAACGGAACCGCUUGACUAUGCGGCAUUUUUGUUGGACGACAGCUAUAUACGUACUGAUCCCAAGAGGUGUGAAGUUCUUAAAUCUUUUCAACGUUUCAUACUACUAUUCUCGGAAAUAAAAGAGGACGACAAUUCAAAGAAAGCACUUAUUCCAUUAACUGCUGAUCCGUUGUUUGCAUGGAAUUUUUUGGAUUCUUGGUUGUUAUGA